GGCGGCACCGUCUGAGUGGGGAAAAAAGAAAAAAAUGUUCGUCUGUAGACUUUUAUCGCUCUGGCUGUGAGGUCCUUUCUUUCUUCCUUGGAGUGUGUGGUGGCUUAUGAAGUCUGGUAGAUCACUGUGGUAGAACCGUCAUCAUCUCCUCAUCUGGGAUCAACAACACGGAGAGCAGAAUGGAGGGCACGUUUGGGUCGUCCUUUUCAGCAGUUCCGCCGGUCAGCAAAGCGGAUACAUCCAGUAAUUAUAAGCAGCAUCGCCGGACGCCGUCCACCUCCAGCACGCUGACCUUCUCUCCACGAGACGACGACGAUGGCAUGCCCCCCAUCGGUACUCCACGUCGUUCAGACUCGGCAAUCUCGGUUCGUUCUCUUCACUCGGAGUCGAACAUGUCACUGCGCUCGACCUUCUCACUGCACGAGGAAGAGGAGGAUACGGAUCCUCAGGUAUUCGCCGAACAGCCGUCAGUCAAACUGUGCUGUCAGUUAUGCUGCAACGUGUUCAAGGAUCCCGUCAUCACCACGUGUGGGCACACCUUCUGCAGGAGAUGUGCUCUAACCUCAGAGAAGUGCCCGGUGGAUAACUCUAAGCUGACGGUGGUGGUGAACAACAUCGCUGUAGCCGAGCAGAUCGGUGAAUUAUUGAUUCACUGUAAGUUCGGGGUUCGUCCCACCACCACAGGAAAACCCCCCGCCUUCGAGGUGGAUCCACACGGCUGCCCCUUCACCAUCAAACUCAGCAGCAGGAAAGAUCAUGAAGGCAGUUGUGACUAUAGACCGGUGCGCUGCCCAAAUAACCCGAGCUGCCCUCCUCUGCUCACCAUGAACCUGGAAGCUCACCUGAAGGAGUGUGAACACAUCAAGUGCCCUCACUCCAAAUACGGGUGCACAUUUAUAGGGAACCAGGACACGUACGAGACUCACCUGGAGGCCUGUAAAUUCGAGGGGCUGAAAGAGUUCCUGCAGCAGACCGACGAUCGCUUCCACGAGAUGCAGGUGACUCUGGCUCAGAAGGACCAGGACAUCUCCUUCCUCUCCAUGCUGGGCAAACUGUCCGAGAAACUGGACCAGCUGGAGAAGAACCUGGAGCUGAAGUUCGAUGUCCUGGACGAGAACCAGAGUAAGCUGAGUGAAGAUCUGAUGGAGUUCCGGAGAGACGCCUCCAUGCUCAGCGAUGAGCUCUCGCACAUCAAUGCCAGGCUGAACAUGGGCAUCCUGGGCUCCUACGACCCUCAGCAGAUCUUUAAGUGCAAGGGGACGUUUGUGGGGCACCAGGGGCCCGUGUGGUGUCUGUGUGUUUACUCCACCGGUGACCUGCUCUUCAGCGGAUCCUCAGAUAAAACCAUCAAGGUGUGGGACACCUGCACCACCUACAAGUGCCAAAAAACUCUGGAGGGGCACGAUGGCAUCGUCCUAGCUCUGUGCAUUCAAGGGAACAGACUGUACAGCGGCUCGGCCGACUGCACCAUCAUCGUUUGGGACAUCCAGAACCUACAGAAAGUGAACACGAUCCGUGCACACGAUAAUCCGGUGUGCACACUCGUCUCCUCACACAACAUGCUCUUCAGUGGAUCACUCAAAGCCAUCAAGGUGUGGGACAUCGUGGGCACAGAGCUGAAGCUGAAGAAGGAGCUGACGGGUUUGAACCACUGGGUCAGAGCUCUGGUGGCCUCUCAGAAUCACCUGUACAGCGGAUCCUACCAGACCAUAAAGAUUUGGGAUAUCCGCUCUCUGGAGUGCGUCCACGUCCUCCAGACCUCCGGGGGCAGUGUUUACUCCAUCGCGGUCACCAACCACCACAUAGUGUGUGGGACCUACGAGAACCUCAUCCACGUGUGGGACAUCGAGUCUAAAGAACAGGUGCGCACCCUAACGGGUCACGUGGGCACCGUUUACGCCCUGGCCGUCAUCUCCACCCCGGACCAGACCAAAGUGUUCAGUGCCUCGUACGAUCGCUCGCUCAGGGUGUGGAGCAUGGACAACAUGAUCUGCACCCAGACGCUGCUGAGACAUCAGGGCAGUGUAACGGCGCUGGCCGUCUCCAGGGGGCGCCUGUUCUCCGGAGCCGUGGACAGCACCGUGAAGGUUUGGACCUGCUGAGUGAGGAACUGGUUCUGGUGCUGAUGUGAUGGAUCCACCACGGCUUGAGAUACCAGCAGGACCAGGAGCGGCGGUUCUCCUGACGUGAGCUCUGUAGGAAGACGCUGUAUAUACACCUUUCAUCCCGGGUUCUAACAGCAGAACCCGCUCGUGUCCUAGAAUAAUCACGUCUCAUGCAGUCUGUGAGGUCAGAGCUGGAUCCUCUCUGCUGCUUCUGCUUCCGUUACCUUGCGGGACCGGAUCACGUUACGGCAAGCGGCGCCGCUACACGACAGCGAGGACGCCGUGGUGGUGGGUGGGCGGGUGGGUGGGGCGCUUCGUUUCUCAGCAUACUUCCACACCGCGUGUUCCAGAACACUCUUUAUCCUGAUAGUUAUUAUUUUAUAUAUAUUUUUAUUACCAGUUUAUUAUUAUUAUGAUUAAAUAUAUGAAGCGUUUGAACCCAAACACACCCCUCCCCUUAUUUACACAAGAUCAAAGCGAGGCGCAGUGAGAUCAAAGACAGGGGGACGUCUCUUUUGUGAGCCUCUGCAUCUCCACACCUCCGACGUUUAAAAUGCUUCACGAGGGUCGCGGUCACGGCGCUGUCGACCCGGCCGGACACCUGACGGACGCAGUCUAAUGGGCCGUGCCUUCAGUGCCACUGCAGAAAUGUAAAGUCUGUGGUGUGGACCUGGCGUGACUGUCUGUGAGAAUCUGACACUGGCGGGUAAAAAGAAGCGGCAGAAGAGACGCUGUGACUUAGAAAGGACGCUUUGGGGAAACGGUGCUCCUCUAUUAAAGUGGCGGUCGGUGGACGGGCGUUCUAAACCAGUGUUAUAGGGGGCAGUGUGAGGAACGGCUCAUGGGUGUGGUGGCCUCCAGUCUGGAUGUUUCACACCUUCUCCUGAUGGUCAUUCUUUGGUCCACUGCGGCUCAGAGACGGGCAGUGGUGUUUCCUAAACAGCCCCGUCCGCUCAAAAUAACUACAUACAUGUAGGGGGCGCUACUCGUCCCCAUUAGCAACGAAUCACUGUACGACUGUUCGUUUUCACGAUGUUUACGAUAUUAUUUGGAUAUAUCGGUGCACCCGUUUGGACCGGUUGGCUUCGUUCGGCUUUUUGAGGACUCUUAACGACAGGCUAAACUACACGCGUCCUCACGCACCGCGUGUACAGAUGUUCCUCGCUGCAGCGCCCUCUAGCUUCAUGAUCAUGAACCACAUUUAUCUGAAUAUUGUGGUGUAUUGUAUAACUGAUCAUCAGCUCAUGAAUAAUAACAGUAACAUCACACCCACAGAGCUGUGAACAAGUGUUCAGUAUCUUAGGGUGCAGUUACUUUUUCACACGGGGCCAGAGGGGCCUGAAAAGCAUUUUUACUUUAAUGAAUGUGAUUGUUUGGGUCUUUGUCUGAUAAUAAAAGUAGUUUGAUGAUCUGAAACACAUGCUAAAUAGAGCAGGAUUUUGGAAGGGGGGGGGUAAAUACUUUUUCACAGCUCUGUAGAGAUUCAGGCAGUCGUACUAACAGGUAAUGAAAUGUUUGAAAUAAAUAAGUUCUGAUUCUGAUGGAGCUGAAGCACUUGAGUGUGUAUAUUUUACAGACUCUGCAUCGU